UCUUUGUUUCUAAGAUUACGACAUGGCUACCUCAAAACUUAUCUUCCUUCUGAUCCAAGGGAUUCUUCUGCUUUCUGUCCUAGACUGUGCAUUUGCACAGGGACUGAAAGUAGGGUUUUAUGCAAAGUCAUGCCCGAAAGCUGAGGCCGUAGUGAAGAAGGUUAUCGCUCAAACGAUGGCAGUAGCACCUUCACUCUCUGGUCCUUUGCUGAGAAUGCAUUUCCAUGAUUGCUUUGUCAGGGGUUGCGACGGUUCAGUGCUAUUGAAUUCUUCAUCGAACCAAGCCGAAAAGGACGCAAUUCCAAACCUAAGUCUUCGAGGAUACGGAGUCAUUGACAGAGUUAAGUCUGCUUUGGAAAAAGCAUGCCCUAGAGUGGUUUCAUGCUCUGACAUAUUAGCCAUUGUGGCUAGGGAUGUGGUUGUCGCGGCCAUGGGAGGACAUUGGGAUGUUGAAACUGGACGAAGAGAUGGUAAUGUAUCAAACAUGAUAGAUGCCUUGCGCAAUCUCCCACCACCCAGUGCAAACAUCACUACUUUAAAGUCAAGCUUUGCACAAAAGGGUCUAAGCGCUAAAGAUCUUGUAGUACUAUCAGGAAGUCACACCAUAGGGACGUCUCAUUGCUCUUCCUUCAACAACCGUAUUUACAACUUCACCGGAAACAGCGAUACCGAUCCCACGUUGGAUAAUAACUACAUUGCAAAGUUGAAGAUGAAAUGCAAGCCCAACGACCAAAAGACUCUCGUCGAGAUGGAUCCCGGGAGUUUCAAGACAUUUGACGGUUCUUAUUAUACUCUUGUGGCCAAGAGAAGGGGUCUCUUUCAGUCAGAUGCAGCUCUUCUUGAUGACAGUGAGACCAAAGCUUACGUUAAAGACCAUGCCAUACCUAAGGGCGAAGCUAGUUUCUUGAAGGAUUUUGGUGUUUCAAUGGUGAACAUGGGUAGGAUCGAAGUUCUCACGGGGAAUGCAGGAGAGAUCAGAAAAGUGUGCAGCAAGAUUAAUUAAUUAAUCGAUUCCGACAUGAUCGUUCAAUUAAGCUUAUCGAUUUACCACCAUUAUGAUCCAUGUUGUAUUUGUAUGAAUUCUCGAUGAUUUUAUGUCUUUCAGCAGCUUGGCAUUGGUUUAACAGUUGAAAGUUGAAGUGAACACUUAAUAAGCUGGGGUUUUAUUCGAUUAA